AAACAUAUAAUAUUUACAUCUUGUAGAAAAAAUAUUUUAUAUUGUAAAAAAUGUUAGAGUUAUUUUACAACAUUGGAAACAAAUCACCACGUGGUCCAUGAAAUAAACAAACAUAACCCACAUGUUAUUUCAUAACCUCAAAGUAAAAAUACAUAUAUUAACAGUAGACCCAAAUGUGUAAGUCAAAACACGGAAUCAAAAAUUAACGUAAAAGUUGAUACUAUCUAGAAAGGACAAUUUAGACGAAUUAUGGAAAAUCAAUGUGAAGAAAAUAUGUACGAUCAUACAAAUAAUUUAAUUAAAAAAGGUGACUAUGUAAUAAUCAGAAAAGAAAAUUUUAUGAAAGUUCAUAAAGUAGGGGAAAACAGUAUUUUUACAAUUGCAAAAGAUGAAGUUGAUACAAGUUCAAUAAUAGGAAAACCAUUUUGGACAACGUUUGAAAUAGUUCCGUCAAAAAAAUGUGAGACAAUUAAUACUCUACAACCAGUAACAAAAGUAGAGACAUUAGAUAAAUUACGAUUUGACUCAUUAAAAUCAGGUGUUGAUAAUCGAUUGAUUAAUGAUAAUGGUACAUCACAGCAAUUGUCGAAGGAAAAUAUUCUUGAUCUUCGAAAAGCUGGAAAAUCGGGAAAAGAAAUAGUUCAAACACUUAUUGAAAAUAGUACAUCUUUUACAACAAAAACUGAAUAUUCUCAAGAGAAAUAUAUUCGGAAAAAGGGGAAAAAAUAUUUUCAAUAUCUAACCAUUAGCAGGCCAACUAUUGAAUUAUUACAGGAGAUUUACUAUCGACAAGAUUUUUUUAAAAUUAAUUCAAUAAGAAUGGACACAUUGGCACAAAUACUUUCCUACAGUGAUGUUAAAUCAGAUGGUGUGCACUUGUUGUAUGACAGUGGAUCUUUAGGAUUAACAGCAGCGAGUAUACUCAAUCGCAUUGGAGUCAAUACUUCUGGUUAUUUAAUAAAUCUAUAUCCUGGCAAUGAACCACAAAACACAAUUAUAAAGGCAAUGAAUUUUCCAUCUGAACUUUUAAAUCGAUUAAUUAACAUUAGUAUGAAAAAUUUUAUUCAAGGUAAAGAAAAUACGGUAAAUAUUUCACGUAAUGAAAGUAAAAAACUUGAACUACCUGAAAGUAAUACAGAGGAACAAUCUACAUCAGAAUGUCAUUCUGUAAAUAUUGAUUCUAGUGAGAUUUCCGUUCAAGAAAAUCCCCGUAAACGAAAACCUUCUAUAAAUGCCGAUGUCGAUAUGGUUCCUCAAAAGAAAACAAAAAUAUGUGCUAUAAAUCUUCUUAACAAUAAUAAAGCCGAUGUAUUAAUUGUAGUUGCUAAAGAACAUCCCCUUAAUAUUGUUGAAAGUCUUAUACAUCUUGUUAAUAAAUCUCGACCGUUUGUUAUUUUUCAUACAAAUCGGGAACCACUACAAGACACCUAUGUUGUACUUAAACAAAAAUAUCGAGUAGUUAAUUUAAAGCUUUUUACCAAUUUUUUGCGAUCUUAUCAAGUUUUAACUGACAGAACGCAUCCUGAUAUUAUGACAAAUAGCUCUAAUGGUUAUCUUUUGACAGGAUAUUUUACACAAUAAAAAUGUCUUUAAAUUAACAAAUCUACUUGAUAAUUGAGAACUGAAAAUAACAUUUUUGUUAUGAAUUAUUCUUUUAAUUUUUAAACAAAAAUUGUUUUAUUUAAUAUCUGCAUAAUAAAAUAUAUUAACAACGAAUAUAUUCAUAUAAA